AAUUUAAAUGGCCAGAUUAGCUAAGCUAGUUUGAUUGAUCUGCGGAUUGUUAAUGUAAAAAUUAACAAUUGAAUGCAAAGUCCAUGAUAGGCCAAAUCGAGAACAAAGGAUUUGGAUGCUAGAGGGGAGUUAUAAGGGGCUUAAAAUCAGACAUCAAGACCAUUUCGAGAGGAAUUUUACUGAGGAUAGACGCUCGACUCCUCGCUCUGCAGAUUUCCCUUCUCCUGCGAGACUCAGCCUGGCGAGCACGAUUGCUUGGCGACUGGUUGGCGACUUUGCUUCGGGAGAGUUCGUGGCGAUCUCUUUAGACGGGUUACAGGGACAUCGAUACACCGUGCAUCAACAAAUUUCCCUUCUCCUGCGAGACUCAGCCUGGCGAGCACGAUUGCUUGGCGACUGGUUGGCGACUUUGCUUCGGGAGAGUUCGUGGCGAUCUCUUCAGACGGGUUACAGGGUCAUCGAUACACCGUGCAUCAACAAAUUUCCCUUCUCCUGCGAGACUCAGCCUGGCGAGCACGAUUGCUUGGCGACUGGUUGGCGACUUUGCUUCGGGAGAGUUCGUGGCGAUCUCUUCAGACGGGUUACAGGGUCAUCGAUGCACCGUGCAUCAACAAAUUUCCCUUCUCCUGCGAGACUCAGCCUGGCGAGCACGAUUGCUUGGCGACUGGUUGGCGACUUUGCUUCGGGAGAGUUCGUGGCGAUCUCUUUAGACGGGUUACAGGGACAUCGAUACGCCGUGCAUCAACAAGUGGAUGCUGAGAAAUCGCUGCUGGAGUGGCUGGAGGGUCAAAGUUUUGAGGACUUCUGUUAACUCUUCAAGUCCUGGAAUGUGCAUGUUUGUGUCUCUGUUAGAUCAAUCGAUAAGGUACACAUUAUUACUUCCGUGAUUUCCAGUACUCCAAGCUAGAGGGAUGUUGUGAAUGCUCUAUGAUGUGUUGGGAUAAAAAGGAAUUCCUUUUAAGCUUCAGAAGUGUUCACUUAUUUCAGGAUGACAACAAUUUUAUACUUCCAUAGAUGCGUUGCUUCGUCUGGUGGUUGUAUCAACGGGACUGUUAAAUGUGUGGUGUUUAUGGUAGAAGGUGCCACGUGUUGUCAUCUUCUCACAGCUACUUGAGUGUUGUAGUUUAUUCUGGACUUGGUCACGUUAAGGUGGUGCUUUGUAGUCAUAUCGGAUUACUUGUUGAUGUGGUGUGAUGCACAGUGGUUGUGAGGUGGUCCAAUUCCUGAUUUUACUGUCAUGACUAAAUGGCCUUGUUGAGCUAAAGUUGGAGAAAGACUGUGAUCAUAACGUUGCCCUAUAAUUUUAAACAUUUUUCUUUAAUUUUCUUUAUUGUUUGAUUAAAAAAAACUUCUUCAAAGUGUCGGUUUCAGAAUGUGCGUUCGUUGUUCCUGUGUUUGAUGGCUUGGACUUGUGGACGAAUGGCUUCAGUCAAUAAAGACGUCAAUUGGGAAGGAUUAAGACGUUCACGUGUUUGAUUUUGAGAAUAUUUUAUGACUGUUGAAUUAAUGAAAGUGAAAUUAUUUUCCUAGUUCCUUAACUGUUUGAAAAAGCGAAUUAAUAAGAUUAAUAAAGACCUGAUUUGUGUUCUUAAAGAUGACUGAUCGUACAUUAUUGCUACCAUUUCCUUCCUUAAAAAGAAUAUGGACAAGUAUCCAUGCACACACGAGUGUGUAUCCUAACACGACUGUAUAUAUACAGCGGUGUGCAUUCACGCACGAGUGUGCAUAUACAGGGGUGUACAUACAUACUUUGAGAUUACUACUCAAAGUUUAUGACGGAAAUUAUAACAUAUCAUCCUCGUUUUCUAGAAACACCUCGCUCAACACGAGUGUCCUUCAAGAUAUUUAUGAAACAAAGUCAGUACACUGUAAAUUAGCACCUCGUUGUCCAAAUCAAACUGGACAACAGCAUUUUGAUUCUUUAGACUAUAUGUCGUUGUAUAAUCCUUUAAACUUGCAGCAGUGUAGAGGACAUUGCGAGGUGAAUAUUAGCAAAUCAACAGGAAGCACGGAAUUAUGCAUGGAGAUUUACAUUUUAGUCAAAUGGAAGCGUACAAUUAUGCAGUGGGAUGUACAUUCAUAUUAAGGUUUAAUUUAAAUGGCCAGAUUAGCUAAGCUUUGUUGAUUUAUAUGCGGAUUGUAAAUGUUACAACUCUACAAUUGAAUGCAAAGUCCAUGAUAGGCCAAAUCGAGAACAAAGGACACCAGAUCACAGUCUUUCUCCAACUUUAGCUCAACAAGGCCACUUAGUCACGAGAGUAAAAUCAGGAAUUGGACCACCUCACAACCACUGUGCAUCACACCACAUCAACAAGUAAUCCGAUAUGACUACAAAGCACCACCUUAACGUGACGAAGUCUAGAAUAAACUACAACACUCAAGCAGCUGUGAGAAGAUGACAACACGUGGCACUUUCUACCAUAAACACAACACAUUUAACAGUCCCGAUGAUACAAUCACCAGACGAAGCAACGCAUCUAUGGAAGUAUAAAAUUGUUGUCAUCCUGAAAUAAGUGAACACUUCUGAAGCUUAAAAGGAAUUUCUUUUUAUCCCAACACAUCAUAGAGCAUUCACAACAUCGCUCUGGCUUGGAGUACUGGAAAUCACGGAAGUACUAAUGUGUACCUUAUCGAUUGAUCUAACAGAGACACAAACAUGCACAUUCCAGGACUUCAAGAGUUAACAGAAGUCCUCAAUACUUUGACCGUCCAGCCACUCCAGCAGCCAUUUCUCAGUAUCCACCU